AUGAUGAUGGGGCCCUUGAAUAUUGUUGCCCAGGGUAAAGCAAAAGCAGGGUUUGCAGUAUACUACCAGUGUUUACUGGGGAAGUCGUGUAAAAGUGGUGGAAAGUGUUUGAGCUCCUCCCAGUGGUGUGAUGGUGUGAAAGACUGCCCUCGUGGAGAGGAUGAAUCUCACUGCAGAACAGAAGAGGGGGAACGUGAGGCAGAGAGAGAAACAGACAGACAGGAUCAGAGCGCUGAAGGAAUUAGUGGGAAUUUCAAGGUUCAGCAGUCUCCCUCUUCGGGCAGUGUAACCAGUUCCAACAUGAAUAAUAAUCAGCAGAAUGCUCCCAUCUAUGACAACGGAGGGUUUCAGCAUGAUGAAGGGAGACCCCCACCAACCCCACAACCCCCCAGCAAUGUUGCCCCCCUCUAUGCCAAGGUAGGGUUUCAGCAUGAUGAAGGGAGACCCCCACCAACCCCACAAACCCCCAGCAAUGUUGCCCCCCUCUAUGACAACGGAGGGUUUCAGCAUGAGGAAGGGAGACCCCCACCAACCCCACAACCCCCCAGAUAUGUUGCCCCCCUCUAUGCCAAGGUAGGGUUUCAGCAUGAGGAAGGGAGACCCCCACCAACCCCACAACCCCCCAGCUGUGUUGCCCCCCUCUAUGACAACGGAGGGUUUCAGCAUGAUGAAGGGAGACCCCCACAACCCCCCAGCUGUGUUGCCGUCACUCCUACAGUAGACACCAACCACACUACAGCACCUGGAACCCCACAUGACACACCACAAGAGAAAGGAAAGAAGAAAUGUCAGCGGAAAUAUAUACUGUGUGGCUCUCUGUGUGCGCUCCUUGUCCUGGCGGUGGCCAUCCUGCUCUGGUACUUCUUAUACUACCAGUGUUUACAGGGGAAGUCGUGUAAAAGUGGUGGAAAGUGUUUGAGCUCCUCCAAGAGGUGUGAUGGUGUUAAAGACUGCCCUAAUGGAAAGGAUGAAUCUCACUGCUUUCGCCUCAACAGGACCAACUUCAUGCUGCAAAGUUACUCAUCUGCCAACCAGACGUGGUUGCCGGUUUGUGCUGACGACUGGAACAACAACCAUGGCAGAGCUGUGUGUGAGCAGAUGGGCUACAACAGAAGCCAUUACGUGUCCUUCACCCAGACCAGUGCAUGUUCUUUGGCAUCCAGAGGAUCCAUGAAGCUGAAGCCUGGUUUUUACCAUGGAUCACGUAUAAAGUCUCAUCUUGAACACAGCCAGAGUUGCUCAGCUAAUGCAGUCAAGCUUCAGUGUAUCGAAUGUGGACGGAGUGAAGCUUCCCCCAGUUCUGGUAUUAAGGGGGUUACAGACGCAGAAAAUGGGGCCUGGCCGUGGCAGGUCAGCCUCCAGACUUCAGAUGAACCUUCAGAUCAACACGUUUGUGGAGGCUCCAUUAUCAGCCCUUAUUGGAUCCUAUCUGCUGCACACUGCUUCCAACAUGACUCCGGUCCUGAAUCUUGGACGGUACGGUCAGGCGACGUGAGCUUGUCUAAGAUGAGGCUUAAAGAUGGCAACACAGUGAACAAAAUUAUCACUCAUCAACAAUACAACCAAGAAACUCAUGACAAUGACAUCGCUCUCCUAAAGCUCGAUACACCUCUGACAUUUUCAAGGACAGUGAGGCCAGUGUGUCUCCCCAACAUGGGUGUGGACCUCUCUGCUGGACAAAGAGCCUGGAUCACAGGAUGGGGAGCCUUAAGCACAGCUGGAUACCCUGACAGACUGAAACAGGCCCAGGUGACUGUUUACAGCAGAGAGACCUGUAACUACCCUUAUGUGUUAGAUGGAAAAGUCACUGAGACCAUGAUCUGUGCCGGCAAAGUGGAGGGAGGAGCCGACGCAUGUAAGGGUGACGGUGGAGGACCCCUGGUGAUUCAGCAGGGAGGUGUAUGGUGGCUGGCAGGGGACACUAGCUGGGGGAUUGGAUGUGGUUUGGAGGACACGACAGGAGUCUACAGCAAUGUGACCUAUUUUGUCAACUGGGUGUAUGAACAAAUGCAGAAUGAGUGACAGACCUGAAGACACCUCUUACAUUAAUCAGCAGCACUUUCUUCAUCACACACUUUAAAUCUCAAGCUCUGAGGGAACUUAUUGAUCAGGACGAUUUUCAUAAUCUGAAAGCUUAUACUAAUAAAAAAGGAUGUGUCAUUUCAUUAAUUUUUUAUAUACCUGUUAAUAACAGAUACAAUGUUAGUUGCCUUUACACAUCAGACAAGCGUCCUCACUGUCCAUUUUUAAAACUCAUCUUAAAACCUAUUUUUAUUCCUUGGCUUUUAACCACGCAUGAGACUCUGCUCUUGUUUUUAGUGUUUUAUGGUUUGCUUUUAUUUAUUGAUUUUUAAAUUGUUUUUUAAAAAGCAAUGAAUCUAUUUA